AUGUCUAAUCAACAAUCUCAAAGACGUAUAAUAAUUCCCGUCAGAAUUGAACCUAAAGUUUUCUUUGCCAAUGAAAGAACUUUUCUUUCUUGGCUUCAAUUUACCGUUGUAUUAGGUGGUCUUGCUAUUGGUCUUCUUAACUUUGGUGACAAGAUAGGAAGAAUUUCUGCUGGUCUAUUUACUUUAGUUGCCAUGUCCAUGAUGAUGUAUGCAUUACUCUUAUAUCAUUGGAGAGCUUCAAAGAUAAGAAAGAAGGAAGAAGGUCCUUAUGAUGAUAGAUAUGGUCCAACUUUACUUUGUGUAUUUCUUUUUGCUGCUGUCAUAACAAAUUUUGCUCUUCGCUUUUCAAAUUUAUAA